AGAAAAUUUGUAUUAAUUUAAGUUGAAAACUAUUUCUAAUCUUAUAUAUGCUUUAUAUUGUAGGUGAUAGGUGACAAUGAACAAGCUAAGAUUCCUCUCCUUGCCUAUGUUUCCCGUGAGAAAAGACCCACUCACCCUCACCAUUUCAAGGCCGGAGCUCUCAAUGUCCUUCUACGGGUAUCAGGCAUUAUAAGCAAUGCCCCCUACAUAUUGGUUUUGGACUGUGAUAUGAACUGCAACAACCCAUAUUCCGUUCGACAAGCUGUGUGCUUUCAUCUUGAUCCCAAAUUGUCUUCCUCCCUUGCCUUCGUUCAAUUUCCUCAAACUUUCUACAAUGUGUGUAACAAUGACAUCUACAAUGGACGGUUGCGCUCAAUAUUUAAGACAAUGUGGCCAUGCAUAGAUGGGCUUCAAGGGCCAAUACUAUCUGGCACAGGAUUCUACAUUAAAAGAGUGGCCUUAUAUGGGAAUCCCAUGCAAAAAGAUGAUGAUCUCCUUCAACUUAGAUCCUGUUUGGGUAACUCCAACAGGUUCAUUGCAUCAUUACACCAAAAUUACCAUCAUAAUCCCACAAAUGGAGGUACUACCAUAUCAUCAAAAGAAUUGUUACAAGAGGCUGAACUUUUGGCCUCAUGCAGCUAUGAGAAAGACACACAAUGGGGUGGACAGAGGGGUUUCCUGUACCACUCUAUAGUGGAGGAUUACUUUUCAGGGUUUAUUAUGCACAGUAGAGGAUGGAAGUCAGUCUAUUAUGAACCUUCAAGUCCAGCUUUCUUGGGUAGUGCUACCAUCACUUUCAAUGAAAGCAUGAUCCAGAACUUGAGAUGGAACUCAGGGUUGCUAGAAGUGGGUCUCUCAAGAUUCUGUCCAAUCACCUAUGGACUUUCCAGAAUGUCCAUUCCUCAGGCAAUGUCUUAUGGGUGCUUGGCAUUCCAUUCCCUAUAUUCUUUCCCUCUAUUGUGUUAUGCUACCAUCCCUCAACUAUGCCUCUUGAAAGGCAUCUCCUUGUACCCUAAGGUUUCGAAUCCUUGGUUUAUCAUCUUUGCGAUUGUAUAUAUUUCUUCGCUUUCUGAGCAUAUGUUAGAGGUUCUCUUAUGUGGUGACUCAUUAAGGACAUGGUGGAAUGAACAAAGAAACUGGAUGAUAAAGUCAGUUGCUUCCUGUCCCUUCUCAUGUCUAGAUGUUAUUUUGAAAAAGAUUGGUAUAAGGGAGGCUAAUUUCAUGCUAACCAGCAAAGUCAUUGAUGAAGAACAAAUUGAACAGUAUAAGAAGGGGAUAUUCCAUUUCCAAGGGUCCAAGUUGUUCCUUGUCCCAUUGGCCACAUUAGUCACUACAAAUAUGAUAUCCCUUCUUGGUGGUUUGGCAAAAGUAAUAUCUGAAGCCAGUUAUGAUGAUAUGUUUGUACAAGUUUUCCUCUCUUUUGCCAUCUUAGCUUUUAAUUAUCCGAUAAUGGAGGGGAUGAUCUUCAGGAAGGACAAUGGACGGAUUCCAACUUCAGUCUCAAUUAUCUCUGUUAUAGUCUCUAUAAUUUUCUUAUUUUUAGUGUCUUUCCUCUUCUUUUAG